AUGCGGACUCUGACUCUUUCGCAAUCGACGCGCGCCGUAGCUCUUCACACUUCCAGCCGGAGGGUUGGCGGGCCUACCCUCUCCCGAUAUCUCAGUCUCUGGCAACCCCCGAAGUUUGUCAAUGAGCAGCCGUUGGACUAUGCUAAAGGAUCCCCCGAACGGGCCAAGCUGACCCAAGCCCUUGAGAAGCUCAAGGGUGAGCUGCCAGUCCAAGUGCCCAUUCAAAUCAGUGGUUCGACGGUUGCAACGCACGGAUCGAGGAAACAAGAGAACCCCUCACGACACCGCGAGAUCGUCGCUGAGUACGCAACAGCUGGCCCCGAGCAGGUCAACGCCGCGGUGGAGGCAGCCUUGAAAGCCAAACCCGCCUGGGAAGCCAUGCCCUUUGAAGACCGCGCGGCCAUCUUCCUGCGCGCCGCAGAACUCGUCACGGGCAAGUACCGCGCGGAUAUCGUCGCGGCCACGAUGCUCGGCCAGGGCAAGAACAUCUGGCAGGCGGAAAUCGACGCCCCGGCGGAAACGGCGGACUUCUUCCGCUGCUACGUCCAAGAAUGCUGGUCUCUCUACGGCCAGCAGCCCCGAGUCCAGGCCGAAGGCACCUGGGGCAAGCUCGAAUACCGGCCGCUGGAAGGCUUCGUCUACGCCGUCGCGCCGUUCAACUUCACCGCGCUGGGCGCGACGCUCGUCGGCCCCGCCGCGCUCCUGGGCAACGUGGUGAUCUGGAAGCCGUCCGACAGUGCCCUGCACGCCAGCUGGCUGCUCCACAGGAUCCUCCUCGAGGCAGGCCUCCCCAAGGACGUCAUCCAGUUCCUCCCCGGCGACGCCGAGGUCGUCACCAACACCCUCCUGCAGCGCCCGGAGUUCGCAGCGCUGAGCUUCAUCGGCUCGACGCAGGUCUUCAAGGGCCUGCAGAAGAAGAUCGGCGCCGGCGUCGGGCAGGGCAUCUACAACUCGUACCCGCGGGUGGUCGGCGAGACCGGCGGCAAGAACUGGGGGCUCGUCCACCCGUCCGCGAACAUCAAGAACGCGGUGCUGAACACCAUCCGCGCCGCCUUCGAGUACCAGGGCCAGAAGUGCUCGGCCAACUCGCGGCUCUACGUCGCCGAAUCGGCCUGGCCCGAGUUCAAGCGGCUCCUUCAGGCGCAGCUGAGCAAGCUGACCGUCGGUCCCGUCGACGAGUACAACCACUUCGUGAACGCGGUGAUCCACGAGCGCGCCUACGACCGGCUCGCUGAGGUGCUCCACGCCGCCAGGUCGGACCCCGAGCUCGAGCUCGUCGCCGGCGGCCACGCCUCCAAGGAUGAAGGCUACUACGUCCACCCGACCGUGUACCGCACGACGAACCCGCGCCACGACCUGAUGCAGCGCGAGCUCUUCGGCCCCAUCCUCACCGUCUACGUCUACCCCGACCACGACUGGGAGUCGACCCUCGACCUGGUCAACACGACCUCGCCGUACGCGCUGACGGGUAGCAUCUUCGCCACCGACGUCGCGGCCACCCGCCAGGCGCAGACGGCGCUCAAGCACGCCGCCGGCAUGCUGUACAUCAACACCAAGUGCACGGGGGCGGUGGUGGGCCAGCACCCGUUCGGGGGCAGCCGCGACUCCGGCACGAACGAUAAGACGGGCACGAUGGCGCAUCUGCAGCGGUUCGUGAGCGUGCAGACGAUCAAGGAGGAAUUUACCGAGUUGGAUCGCGUGGAAUAUCCGUCAAAUGAAGUAUAG